AUGGAGGCCGGUCGCUUGAUGCAGCUGGUGGGCGUGAAGCCGACGAACGACCCUUGGGUAUGGGAGGGCGUAUCGUCGCCGCUAGGUAUGGGAAAUGUGCGCCCUAUCGCCUACGGCGGCUUCGCAAUUGCCACAGCCGUCGUCGCUGCCGGCGCGACGCUGCCCCAGAACGCGCACCUUGUGCCGUACUCGCUAGUCGGCCACUUUCUAGGCCCCGCCUCGCUGCAGAGCCCAUUUGUGUGUGAGGUAAAGUCGAUUCGGAAUACGCGCCAGUUUGCGACGCGGUUCGUGCUCGUGAAGCAGCGCGGUAAGGACGGGACGCUGCGCUCUGUCCUCUCCCUGACGCUUGAUAUGAUCGCUUCGCCCCAGUCGACGGCCGAGAAGCUGCAGCAGCACCAACAAAAUCACACGGAUCCUGCCUCUGUGGCAUCGGUGGUGCGGUACCAGCCCCGCACGCCUUGGCACAUCGACGCACCCGACCGUCUUCUUCCUGUGGAGCAGCAUCUGGCGCAGCGCGUUGCCGCGGGCGAGCUUGACGAGUCCGUGGUAGCAAUACAGAAGAGGUUUAUGGGUCUAUGGUUUGAGCUUUUUGAGAUGCGUGUAGUGCCGAGCAGCAUGAUGGACCAGAAUAUGAUCGGCCUUAUGGAUGUGCGAACGUCGCAGGAUGAGCUGCCGCUCCAGGACCGCCGCGCGUUCGACUGGAUGCACAUUCGGACGCCGCUCCCGCCUACCGAUGGAUCCAGGGGGCCUGCUGUAUGCGAAAAACUCGGCAUGCACGCGAUCGCGCCCGUCGUGGCGCAUCUGGCGACCCUGGCCUUCGCGAUGGACGGCGCCAUUGCGUUUGCGCCGCUGUCUUUUGUGAAGCGGAGCUUGUUCGAUGCACAAGUCGCAUCUACGCUCGAGUUUGCAUUGCGCUUCCACACCGACGUGCUGGACGUGAAUCAGUGGCUGCUGCGCGAGAUCAUCCCGGUGAACGGAGGAUGGCAGCGCCACUAUGGCGAGGCACGCGUCUUUGACCAAGCUGGCCACCACAUCGCUACGUGCACGCAGCAGUGCGUGAUGCGUCCCUCGGACCCUGACACCGUGGCCGAUAUGCAGGCGCUCAAGCCGUACGUGCCCGCCCCCAAGCUGUAA